AAAUGAUAACCAUUUUCCUUGUUUAUUAAGAAUAUUUUGUGUUUGUAAGCUGUCUUUGUUGAAAGUUUGUGUUUUUAAGCUGUUCUUGUUGACAGUUUGUGUUUUUAAGCAUUUUUUGUUGAAAGUUUGUGUUCUUAAGCUGUCCCGGGUGGCAAUUUGUCCUUUAACCUGUCUUAGUUGAGAGUUUGUAGUGGAAUCUGGUUCUGGGUGACCAAAUUUUAUACAUGUCAGUUUAUCACAAUAGUUAUUUUUGGCAAUAUUUACAUAUGACGCAGCGCAUCUUUGGAUACUCCCUGAUUUGGCUAAUUUAAAUCAAAUUUUUUUGCUUCACCAGUUUUUUACUUUUAUAUUUCUGUGUAAAGUGUUGACAUAUUCCGAGCUUGGUUGUUUGAAAUGUUUUUCAAAUGUCUUGAGAAUGAGGUCUCCUUCCUCUACUUUUUUCUCUGGAAGCAAUUAUUCAAAUUGUUCCUUCUAUCACAAUAGUACUGGUUUGUUACCUUUCCUUACACAAUUCUUACAAAUUAAAGUUUGAAAAUAAUUUUUUUUGCUAUGGCAGUUCCAUGUGUGUGUCUGUCACUUUUGCAAACGCAAUAUUUUUUACCACCUGAAUGCGUGAGUUUUUCAAGUUUUUUUGUUUUGUUUGCAUUUGUCUCGCAACGGUUAGAAACAACGUGAUAAAAAUAAGCAAUGUGGUUCGCUCAAAUACACAUUUUUGAACGGGACAGCAUUCAAAUAGAAAGUUCCCUUGGCGUAAAAACAAACAAACAUAAAAUUUUCUCGACAAAGUUCUUGACAAAAGGCAAACUAAAGAAGCGGAUAAAAAAUGUCUCAUUUUUGACGAUCCCUGAGUCAUUAAAAAGUGCAGAUAUUAAAAGCAAGAAAAGUCAAAGUGGAGAAGUAGAGUGGAUUAAAAAAACAUAUAAUUUGGAAGAGGGUUACCAUCGACACAAAACAACAAAAAGGAAAAUGCAAAAAGUAAAGUGUUUCAAAAACGAAGAUAUGAAAAUGAAAGAAAAGUCCAAAUGAAGAAAAGUUAAGUUGAAAGCCACAAAAAGUUACUUCGGAAGUAAAGAGUGGAGCUAGAAGUAGUAAAGUUAAAAGUACAAAAUGAAUGCUGGAGUUUCAAGUGAAUUGAAAUUAAGAAAAAAAAGCAACUAAACAAGAUGGGCUCAACAAAUGCAACAUGUCAACCAGUGUUGAGUAUAGCUAUGCUGCAGCAUUAUACUGUUAUACCUUCAUUGCUGAUAAUCUUUGUACUUUAUGCUUACGAAUAUUAUAAAACUAGACAAGUUAAAGUUAUUGCUCCAUUUCUGUUUCUACUGGACAAUGAUAAGAAUCGCUUCAUGGUAAUACUUGCUUUUGCAUCAAUGAUUGGAGAUAUUGUGCAUCUUUUAAUGAACAGUUCCACUGUUCUUGUGUUUCUGCCUGGGGUUAUUGGGCAGGCUUUUUGUGGUACUAUUUAUAUUAUAGAGAUUGGACUGAUAAACUUUCCGUUAUUUGCUUGUAUUAAUUCUUCAUAUGUUGUCAUGGCGUAUGUUUUUGGUGCAUUGUUUACAUUGUGGAAAUUAAUUUUUGUGUUGUUACAGUCUUGUUAUUACUCCUGCUCCUUUAAUGUUACGGAACUUGUUUUGGUAAAUGUUAUGGAAAACUUACCCAGCAUUUUAAGCAUGUUGGCUCUUUUUGGAAUAUUUGUUAAAAAUUGUUACAUAAAUUUGAAGCAAGGAGUGUACUGCAGACCGUUACUGGAGCAUAAACUAGUGAACGACUAUCAAAUUACUUAUGUGAAGAAAGCGCUUAAUGUCCUUUCAAGAGACGUUGUAGAUUUUUAUAGCAGCAACUUCCUUAAAAGAUUGUACAGCAGAUACAGCAAGCCUUGGUUUAAGUUUUCUACUGUGUUUUUAUCAUCUAUCGUGGUUAUCAUGAUUGUGUAUUAUUAUCUGGCUGUUUUAUCCAUAUAUGGUUUCAGUAAAGCAAAUGGGAUUCUUCUUACUUCACUGGAGUCUAAUAUCAAUUCAACCGAAAACAUAUACCCAACACUUAAGAAAACAAUGGAAGGUUUUUACAUUUCAUUUUAUGUUUCCUUUGCUGUAACUGGAAUAGUGUAUGGUCUGCUACUGCUUCACUUUAUCUAUUCACACCGUGCAAAUGUGUUAACUCUGUAUGCUGGCAAAAAAACUGAUAUUUCCAAACUUGUUAACUAUCGAUUAAUGGUUUAUUACAAUUUAUUCUUUCCUGGUUAUUUGGUUGCAUACAUGACCUGGGGGAUGAUUGUUUUUUUCAUUGUAUUUUUCAUUUUGUUCUUCCUGAUAUAUGGAUUUAUUGUUUUGGCAGUUGAUUUUCCAUCUGUUCAAGAAGUUGCGGAAAAUCUUUUAAGGUACCUUGCAUCAUACUUGCUUAUGCCUUUGAUAAUUUAUCUCCUACAAUUACUGCUGGCAUACAAAGUUUUCACUGUGAAGCCCUUAUCAACAAUUGCGAUCUAUGUAAGAAAUUUGAAAAUUUACCAUAUUGCCAUGUACUUUUUCUUUUUCUUCAAUAUCGUUAUUGGUGCUGUAUCAUGCUUAUCCAGAUCUUUCAAAGCAUUUUUGGUCAGCAUUUUGUUUCUUGGACGAAUUGACCAUACCGCAAUGAUUUCCAAGUUUUUCCAAAAAUUUGAUAGUGGUUUUUUAGCAUACAUUGGUUUCUUGCAUGUUCAAGCUUCAUAUAAAAACCCAAUUAUGAGAUAUUUUUGUCAAAUUUUAUUAAAUGAAUCUUGCAAGAGCUAUUCAACUAUUUUAGAAGACGGUUAUUGUUUGUUCACUGAUUCAAGAUGUAUUGUUCGCAGACAACACAUUGUUAACUCAGUUGCUUUUAAUCGAUGGUUUUUAGCAUACACCUUGAUAAACAAUCCAAGUUUGGUUAAGGAAAGAUUCAAGAUAGUGAAACCAAGGUUACCAACGAUAGUGUGUUGACAUAAUUUAUAUAUUUUUCAAUCAACUUUAAACUAUUAAAAUAAAUAUGUAAUGUUUUAUUCAAACAAUUUUGUAAAUAAUACAUAAAUGAAUGAAA